UUCGAAACCGAAUAAGUCUGCAAGGCCAGUGUUGGUAAUGACAGAAAUAAAGUGUACUUACUGCCAUAAUAAUCAUCAUUUAUAUCAGUGCUUAAAGUUCAAAGACAUUGAAUGCAACAAAAGAUGGAAGUUUGUAAAAGAAAACCAUUUAUGUUUUUGUUGCCUUCGUUCAGGUCAUAGUGCUGCCAAUUGUACAAGUCGUCGUGAGUGUGGUCUUAAUUCAUGCAAAAGAAUCCAUAACCGAUUGCUCCAUGAAACUUUAAGUGUUAAAGAAGAGGGUGGUAACUCAAAGCCAAUUUCGAGUACAGAUACAGAUUUUCGAAAACAGCUGGUAGAUAAAACCAGUAGUGUUCAUACCAUUUUCGAAGGGAAAUCUAGUAAAAAAACUCUUUUUAAAUUUUUGCCAAUUGAAAUAAAAGGGCCCCGAGGUAAAUGCAAAGUCAUGGCAUUUAUCGAUGAUGGUUCAAAAAUUUCGUUAAUCGAGGAAAGUGUUGUCAAAGCUGUCGGUUUGAAAGGACCACAAGAUUUAUUGUCACUUAGAUGGAUAGGGGGUAAAACAACAAGCGAACUUUCGCAACAUAUAGACUUAGAAGUUACAGGUGUUGGAGAAAAUAUACCAUAUUAUCAAAUAAGAAACGUACGUACAACGAAGAAGCUUGAAUUACCAGCGCAGACAUUAAAUUUUGAUAGUUUCAAAUUGAAAUACAAGAUAUCAAAUGAUAUUUCAGUUGAUGAUUAUGAGAAUGCUAUUCCACGAAUGCUCAUCGGCAUGCCACACAUAAAUUUAGUUCGACCGUUAGAAGUAAUUAAUCUUGAUGAAUGUUUUUCGAUUCAUAGAUCUAAUUUAGGCUGUAUACUAUUUGGUUCUAAUGAAGAAAGUGCUGACGGAGUUGUGUGUCGUAUUGAUUGUGACGUAAGUACGAUGAGAGACAUACAAAAACAAAUGGCGGAGUAUUUUAGUAUAGACAAUUUUGGUGUGAAACCACUACAGCCGGUAAUAAGCGAAGCCGAUAAAAGGGCUCAAACAAUUCUUUUCGAAACAACUAAACAAAGCGCUACGCAAUAUAAAACUGGUUUGUUGUGGGCUUAUAAUGAAAUAGAAUUUGUUGAGAGUUACAAUAUGGCACUGAGACGUCUUGAAAUUAUUGAGUCAAAAAUAUCAAAAGACAAAACAUUUUUCGAAUGGUACAAUAACAAAAUAGCUGAGUAUAUAAACAAAUCAUACGCUAGGAAAUUAUCGCAUUCAGAGGCAUUGAAGAUUUGUCCUCAAACAUGGUAUUUGCCACAUUUUGCAGUUUGCAAUAUUUAUAAAGAAAAUAAAAGGCGUUUGGUAUUCGAUUAA